AUGUCGGCUCGACCAGCUUACCAGACUGUUGCCCGAAACCUCAACGGUGUCGGCAACUUUGUGCUUCAGUGCAAGAAGGUCACUUUCCGGUACUGCAACUGGGGUGGCUCUUCCGACGGAAUGAGACAAUACCUGGACAAGAACCUGCAGAAGAUUGCUGCUCAGAACCCCGAGAUCGAGUUUGUGGCUGUCAAGGACAUUGGCCACCCCUUCAUCCGAGGCGAGUUUGUCAACGGUGCCGAGAAGACCAUCUGCUGCAAGAACAAGCAUCCCCGAUUCAUCAACGGCAAGUUUGAGAUGCUCAAGAGCUCCGACGGAGCUCCCCGAAAGCAGAUGAAGAGCCCCGUUGAAAGUAUAAACGAGAGUGUCCGAGGUAUCUGGUCUCCUUACCAUACCGACCCCAAGGCACGACACAAGAUUUAA